CGACGUUCAUCUGUCAAAAAACAAUAUGGCAAUGGCUCAUUGAUGAGCAAUAGAAUUUUAUAAAUAUUUUUGAAUGAUUAAAAGAUUUGUUGUGUAUUAAUCAAGUUCAGUUUUAAUGAAGUUUUGUGAUGAACGGAAUGUUACCUUCUUUUACACCACCGGUGGUUAAACGACUGUUAGGCUGGAAAAAAGGCACAGACGCCGAUGACAAAUGGUGUGAGAAAGCAGUGAAAAGUUUGGUGAAAAAAUUAAAAAAGUCAGGUGCUUUGGAGGAGUUAGAACGCGCUAUUUCUUCGCAAAAUCCCAAUACUAAGUGUGUAACUAUACCCAGGGUACGUCCCAAUGCUGAGAUAGGGAACCUGCAGCAACAGCGUAAGGGGUUACCUCAUGUUAUUUAUUGUCGUUUAUGGAGGUGGCCUGAACUUCAGUCACAUCAUGAGCUAAGGUCUUUGGAUCAUUGUGAAUAUGGUUAUGCUUUAAAAAAGGAGGAGGUUUGUGUUAAUCCAUACCAUUACACAAGAAUCGAGACCCCAGCACUACCUGCAAUUUUAGUACCUCGUCAUACAUUAGGUGAUGAAAAUAAUUUAUUUCCCCAUUCUCUUGAGGAUUUGAGCACUUCUGUUCCAGAGAAUACUUCUUUUCCCCACCACAAUACUAAUACGUUAGUAGGAUUGCACCUGCAGCACCCCACCACUUACAUGGAUACGGUAGGCAUAUGUCCCACUCCGACAAAUAUGGAAUCACCUCACAGUGUAGUUCCUCCGACAGAGACACCCCCUCCUGGAUAUAUGUCAGAAGAUGGAGAUCCUAUUGAUCCAAAUGACAACAUGAGUAUGUCAAGAAUCACCCCUAGUCCUCCAGUUGAUGCUCAACCAGUGCUUUACUGUGAACCAGCUUUCUGGUGCAGUAUCAGUUACUACGAACUGAAUACAAGGGUAGGAGAGACCUUUCAUGCAAGUCAACCUUCAAUAACUGUAGAUGGUUUCACAGAUCCCAGCAAUUCUGAAAGAUUUUGUUUGGGCUUGCUGUCAAACGUAAAUCGUAAUACAGUAGUAGAACAAACUAGACGGCAUAUAGGAAAGGGAGUAAGACUGUAUUAUAUAGGUGGAGAAGUGUUUGCUGAAUGUUUGAGUGAUUCCAGUAUUUUUGUACAAUCUCCAAAUUGUAAUCAAAGAUAUGGCUGGCAUCCUGCUACAGUUUGUAAAAUACCACCAGGAUGCAAUUUAAAAAUUUUCAAUAAUCAGGAAUUUGCGGCGUUGUUAUCACAAUCAGUUAGUCAGGGAUUUGAAGCAGUUUAUCAGUUGACAAGAAUGUGUACGAUAAGAAUGUCCUUUGUCAAAGGAUGGGGAGCAGAGUAUAGGAGACAGACUGUAACGUCAACACCUUGUUGGAUAGAGCUACACUUGAACGGACCGCUACAGUGGUUAGAUCGAGUACUCACUCAAAUGGGAUCACCCAGGUUACCAUGUAGUUCGAUGUCGUAAUUGUUUAAGUUUUGCUCUGUCGGUUGUCUGACAGAAACUGUGAAUCGAUUUUAAAGUUGUGAGAGUUGAGUGUUUUUUCCUAUUGUAAGUAAUAAUAUUAGGAGCUACUGUUUUAAAAAUAGAAGACUAUCUCUGUGUUUUGGUAGUUUUAAAUUAUGGCUACUGUAUUAUUUGUGUUUCGAUAUCUUUGAUAAAAGUGUCAUUGGCAUAUGUUAAAUAAUUUGAUUAUUUAUCGCCAUAACAAAGGUACGUUUACAAUAUGGAAAAAAUGUUUUAUUAUAUUUUACUGAUAAAAUUGCAAUAAUUUUCAUAACUGAUAAAAAUAAGAUUUUAAUAAAGGUUUGUUAUAUUUAUCAAAUUAAUAACAUACACUGCCAGUUAAUUAUUAUCAAUCCGUUAAUCUUUUCACUCUGGAAAGAUGCAAAUAAGUUUUAUAAUGGGGAAAAAGUAUAUCACUUGCGAUCAACAAUGCUCUGCAUCAGAUCCAUCAAGUAUAAUAAAACUAUUAAUUUUUAGAGAACAAUAAAAUGCUUUAAAAUGAAUGACAGUUAAUAUUUCAUUCUGUUUCAUAGACGACCAUCACCCUCUUACGUACGAUUCCCCCUUAUGGGAUCUUCAGAGAGGCUUAUGAUCUGCUUUGAAUCAAGAUCUUUUGAUUUGAUCAUAACUGAUAACUAAUAGACUAAGAGCCGCUAUAGGUGAAAUUUCUUAAUCAUUUUAGGCACGAUGGGACCCUAUAACUUAAAUAGUAGAACCUAAAAGAAAACGUUUGAACAGUGUGCCGUCACUUUUUAGUGGCACAUGCGUCGACAGUGGCGCAUCAAACUUUCCACUUAUGGACGGGAUAAAUAAAUUAAAAGUUACCCUCCCUUACUAACAGAAUUAUUUUUUUUAUUUUUUAAGUUUUAUGUGAUUAACACAUAGGAUUCAGCGUAAUUUUAACCCACCACCCUCUUCCCCCUGCCCCCACCAUCAAAAACUUCAUUUUUCGUUUUUAUUUUUUUUAUUUUUUUGGUGGGAUGCAAUCAGUUUUAAAAUUACAAAAAAUUCACACGCAUAGCUGAGGCUUUUAUAAAACAUCCCUAUUUUUAUAGACCCAUAGGUAAAGUGUACAUAACCUCAAAAAAUUAAAAGAAUUUUUUUUUCAAAAAUGCGUAUAACUUUUUUUGAGGAAUAGCUGCAGGUCGAAUUUUUUCUUAAUAUUGUGUGUUUUCUCAAACACUAUAUUUUAUUUUUUUUUUCAGAUUUUUCCGUAAGGCUCCCCACCUUCAAAAAUCCGAAAAACUAUUUUUUGGGGGUGUUGGGGGAUUUUCCCUAUUUUAUAGACUUCAUAAUAUAUUAAAUCAAUUUUGUUUUUAUAGGUUAUAUGUAACUUGAAGUAACUGAGUCCUUUAGAAUAUUUAAAAGUCAGAAAACACGUUCAAACCCCCCCAAAAACCCCUUAAAAACAGUUUUUUGGAUUUUUGAAGAUGACCAGCGUUACACAAAAAUCUAAAAAAAAUUAGAAAUAUAGUGUUUGAUAAAAUACACCAGACUAAGAAAAAAUUAGAUCUGCAGCUAUCCCCAAAAAAAAGUUAUAUACUUUUUUCCAAAAAAAAAUUUUUUUCAUUUUUUGAGGUUAUGUACACUCAACCUACAGGUCUAUAAAAAAUAGACGUGUUUUAUAAAAGCCUUAACUAUGCGUGUGAAUUUUUUGAAAUUUUAAAAUUGAUUGCAUUUCACAAAAAAAAAAUAAAAUCGAAAAAUAAAGUUUUUGAUGGUGGGGGCAGGGAGAAGGGGGUGGUGGGUUAAAAUUACGAUGAAUCUUAUAUCUUAAUCACAUAGAAUUUAAAAAAAUGAAAAAAAUUAAAUUCUGGUAAUGAGGGAGGGUAUUUUUUAAUUUAUGUGUCCCGUCCAUAAGUGGAAAGUUUGAUGCGCCACUGUAGACGCAUGUGCCACUAAAAAGUGACGGCACAGUGCUCAAACGUUUUCUUUUAGGUUCUACUAUUUAAGUUAUAGGGUCCCGUUGUGCCUAAAAUGAUUAAAAAAUUUCACCUAUACGUUGUGAGCUCGUACGUAGAGGGGAUAUUUACAAAUUCGCGAGCGCCAGUAGUGGCAAGUAUGUAAACGUUUACCGGAAAUUUGAUAUAAAUGUCAAAGUGAUUAAUUUAAAAUUAAAAUUAAAAACAUUAAUUAUAAAAAAUAUUAGUUGGUCAAAGCUGUGGUAUAUAUUUUUACCUUAAAUAUGCUUACGUUUUAAAUGCUGAAUUUAAGUUUUUUUAAUGUUCCGUAAUAUGUAAUUAUAAAUUAAUCUGCGCCAUCUACACGAUAAUUGUGAAAUUAUCCGAAGUAAGAAAUUCAUAUUUUAUCAAUAGAACGUCAAAAUGAUUAGCAAAAUCUUAAAAAAAUCGAUUACAAUUUAAUUACUUUUUUGCGUUGUAAAUAUUAAGCGAUAACAAUUAAAUAAUAAAUUUAAAAAUUACCGGUGAAAGUUGAAUUAGUAAUCCGCCAGGAGCGACACCAGCGAAGCUCAGGGCGAAUAGCGGCUCUUAGGGCCGGUUGUUCGAACGCUAAUCAACACUGAUCACUAUCAAAUAUUUAAUUACUGUCACAACUGUCAAUGUCAACUUUGGUUGGGUUGCUGAAAACAUAAUUUAUUAUAAUUAUGAGAUUAGUUAAUCAAUUAACAUAACAAUUAUUAACAUAAUUGAUUAAUUAAUUUCAUAAUUGUAAUCAAUAACAUUGUUUUCAGCAACCCAAUCAAAGUUGACAUUGACAGUUGUGAAAGUAAUUAAAUAUUUGAUAAUGAUCAUUUUUGAUUAGCGUUCGAACAACCGGCCCUUAGUCUAUAACUUUAUUUUAUUUUUCACUCGAAAUAAAUAUUUUUAUCCUCUAUAUUUGAAGCAAUGAUUUAAUUUUUUUAUAUUCGAUUAGAGAUUUCCAGAUGUGGUAGUGACAUUUUAGUGGAGCACUAUAUUUACUGAGACGUCAAAAAAAAUCGUAAUUAGAGUAGGCUAUGGAAUUUACAUUUAAAUGACAAUUCAAUGUUGAAUUAACAAUUCAACAAUUUUAUGAGCAAAUGUUUCUUAAAAACCUAUGUUUUGUUGAUAAUCUAUUAUACACUGCGAGUCAGAGAAAACGGGCACCCCAAAAAAUGCUCAUUUUUGAUGUCUCGUAUCUCCUAAACCUGUUGUGCGAUUUAAGUAAUUUUUUUAAUAUGUACCAUUUUUUAGCAAUAUCGCUGUAAUAAUAUUGUUGCUGAAUAGGUAAAUAUUCAUUGUAUACCGGGUGUACGAAUCAAACUGUGUUUUUUUCUUAAAGUUCGCAACACCCUGUGGAAUAUUCUAGCAUUUAUAAAAUACUGAAAUUAAAACCCAACUAUAGCCUCAGGUUUUCUUAACAUUCUGUUUUUGAUUCAUUCUUUUAUGUUUGAUAAUACAAAAGUUAGGUACUUUAACAACUAGUCAACUAGCCAUGUUCUUCAUCAGUACAAGUUGUUUCUAAAUAAGUGCGACAAACUUUAAGAGGUAAUUCUUCAUGAAAAAAUAAUGUCCAUCUGUUUUAUAAACAUAUAUCCGCAAAUGCUUCGUUUCCGCGAUAUGGGAUGUUGCAUGGUUUCUUACAAACUGACGAUUUAUUUAUUGCCCGAAAACCGGUUGAGAUAUGCAAAUGAAAUGUGCUGGGCUUUAAGAGACAGUUAUUGCGCAUUUUUUGACAUGCAAUUAAGAAUUUUAUAAUCAAGCCAAUGGUGAAUAUAAAAUUAAUAAUUGUAUAUCAAAAAAUGUGCAAUAGCUACGUCUCAAAAUCCACCAAAUUUCAUUUACAUAUCUCAACCGAAAGCAAUAAAUAAAUCGUCAAUUUGUAAGAAAAAAUUCAACAUUCCGUAUCUCGGAAACGAAGCGUGUGCGGACAUAUAAUUAUAAAGCAAACUGUCAUUAUUUUUUACUGCAGAAUUACCCCUUAAAGUUUGUCGCACUUAUUUAGAAACACCCUGUACUGAUGAAGAACAUGGCUAGUUGUUAAAGUACCUAACUUUUGUAUUAUCCAACAUAGGCGAAUGAAUCAAAAAACAGAAUGUUAAGACACUAUAAUCGGAACUAUUACCUGAGGCUAUAGUUGCGCUUUAAUUUCAGUAUUUUAUAAAUGCUAGAAGAUUCCACAGGACAGGGUGUUGCGAACUUUCAAAAAAAAAAACAGUUUGAUUCGUACACCCAGUAUACAAUGAAAAUUUAUCUGUUUAGCAACAGAACUAUUACAGCGAUAUUGCUAAAGAAUAAGGCUAUAACAUAUUAAAAAAAUUACUUAAAUCGGACGACAGGUUCAGGAUAUACAAGACAUAAAAAAUGAUCCAUUUUUUGGGGUACCCAUUUUCUCUUACGCGCAGUAUAUUUACAAAUUAUAGUAUUAAAAAUAAAAUUUCUAUAUUUUUCCAUGUAGAGUACAGUAUAUAAUUAAUUGAUUAUUAAAUUAUUUGGCAUAUGUACCAUUAACGGAGGAUGAUUUAAUACACAACUUAUUUACAUAGUUGUAGGGUUGUUGGUAUGAUGUAAAUGAGAAAUUUAGAGAAAUCUUUACAGUUUUGUAUAUAUUAUAUUACAUACAUUUUGUCUGAUCUUUUUAUCUUAACCUUUUAAAUACCAGAGGUAUUCAAACAAAAAUUGCAUUUUAAAAUUAGUUACAAUCUUAGAGGGUAUUUCACAACGGGGUAUUUUAUUUUAAUUUUGAAAUCUGCCUCGGUUCUUUAUCACAGAAAUGUAAAGUGGCAAAGUGUUUUACUGGGUCUUUAAAAAGUUAUUACCAAUGAAAAUCGUAUCAAAAUCUUUCUAUAAAUCUAAAAAAACCAUCUAAAAAAACUAAUAACUUUAAACAUAGGAAAUGCUUCAUAAAAUUGAAGUAUGGUAAUAGUACUUUUCGAUAGUAAUAUAAAAUAUAAUAUGGUGAUCCAUUUAAAAAUUAGCAAGAAAAUAUUAUAUACUGAAUUCACUCUACCGAGAUUCACUUUGACACAUUCGGAAUAGGAAACAUACAACACAAAAAUUCCUACCUCACACUAUUAACUGCUAAAAUUAACUUAAUCUUUCAUUAAAAAAGAAGAAUUAUUAGCAAUAGUGGGAGUGUCUACUAAUCUCAUAAAAUUUUGUGGAGUUUAUUUCUACAAAAUAUUUUUAUUUUGUACAAUAAAUAAUUUUCUCAUUUGAUAUCAAUACAUUAUAAUGGUGUAAAUAAAUAAUUAUUGAUUGGCGUAAGGAUUAUGUUAUUUUUAUGUCUGUUUACUAUUAAUAAUAUUGGCUAUGAGCAGGUGCGUUGGUUGUGUAGUAAUUUCCAGUUACUUCUGACAACUGAACUUCCCAAAAAAGAAAUUACUAACGUCAGUGUCAAAGUGAAUCUCGAUAGAACGAAUUUAGAUAUUUGCGUUUUGACUUACCCGGGUAGAUAUAGUGACAUGCCAUACCCGUUCCAGUUGUGUUGAAUCAGGUUCUGAGGUUCUUCAAUUAGGAUGGUCUUCUUCCUGGACCCCCGUUUUCCAAAUAUUGUUCAUUGCAGGACGACUUAUAGGAGGGCAUAUCUGGAUUCAUUUCGCAUGUGUCCGAAAUAUUAUAACUUUCGGGGUUUGAUGGUCGUCAGUACCUCUUGAUUCUUUUUCAUUCUUCUCAGGACCUCCUCUUUUGUGACUCGAUCAGUCCACGGGAUUUUAAACAUUAUCCGGUAUAGCCACGUCUCAGAUGCUUCCAAUUUUCUGCACAUAUCGUUCAAGGUCCACUAUUCAACACCAUAAAAAAGGACAGAACACGUAGCAUCGCACCAUUCUCACUUUUGUACUACGAGAGAGGUUGUGGCUCUUAUAACAUAAUAGGUUGUAGUAAUGUGGAGGUGAACCUCGCUAGGGCUAGGAAUACACUAAGUACUCAUAAUAUGUUUAUUUGAUCACUGUUAAAUAUAUCAGUAACUAGUUGGUGGACGAAAGUCUAAAUUUUAACUACAUUGAUGGUUUAAUAAUGAAUGAUGAAUAAUGACUGAUCUCUUUCUUUACUUGCUACGUAUCUAUAAUCAAUCCCAAUUGUUUUUUAUGAUUCCAUGCCUGACUGUGACCAUGAAAUACUAACAGUACCAAAUUGCUGACUCCGUUGUUUUCCAAAACGAGUGAUCUACAUUGAAGAAGCAAUGUCACCUACUUUUACGAAAUCAAAACAAUGCAUGCAACUAAUAUUUGUUUAAUCCUUUAAACUUUAAACAUUAAAUCGAUAUAGGUUACUCUUAUUUUUGAAUGAUAAUAUAAAUCCUGUACACUCUUAAGAAGGCUCCCAUCCAUUGUUAUCCCGUUCAUCAUUUAUUAUUGUGCCGAGGUAGUUGCAAUGCUUCGCUCUUUCUACAGGGGUUUGGUUGACAUACAGUUGAUCUUGUUAUCUUUUUCUUUCUAAUGACCAUAAGCUUUGUUUUCUUUACUUUUACAUAUCUUCUUCUUGUACGGCACUACAGCCCAAAUUGAGCCUUGGCCUCCUUUAUUUUUUGCCUCAACCCUUGCUUGUCUGUGGCUGCUUUUCUCCAUACAAUGACUCCUAAAAGGACUUGUGCGUCGCUGUUUACUGUGUCUUCCCGGCGUUUUCUUGGCUAUCCAACCGGUCUCUUUCCCUACAUUCUAGCAUUCAGUUCUCUUUUUGGUAGCCUAUCCUCUCCCAUUCUUAUCACAUGUCCGGCCCAUUGCAAUCUUUGUAUUCUAAUGAAGUCUGACAGGGGUGCUUCCUUAUAAAGUUGAUAAAGUUCGUUGUUGUAUCGACUUCAGAAGAUUCCGUUUUCCCUUACAGGUCCUAGUAUUCUCCUCAGUACUUUCCUUUCUAAUGUGUCGAGUUUGUUUUUGGAUGUUUCUUUCAGGACCCAGGCUUUUCUGCCAUAGCAUGUUAUUGGUCGAAUUAAAGUUUUAUAGAUUCUCAUCUUUGUAUUUCGGUGGACACUUUUAGACCGAAAUAUAUGGGAGAGGGCAAAAUAAGCUCUGUUUGCCUGCGUUAUUCUCUUCCGUAUUUCUCCGUCUUCUGAUCCGUCGGCAUAUAUUUCUACUCCCAGGUAUGUAAACUUUCCAACCGUUUCAAUGUCAUCUUCAUGUAUUACAUACAACUUUUACAUAUAUUGAGUCCAUAAUAUUGUCUGUAAUACAUAUGACACAAUACUCGUGUAGAUUUUUUCUCUUUUUACUGACUCCUAAAUCACAAAACCAUCCAAAAGUAGAGUUCACUAGCGCAGGUGUAUACUUUUCAACGACGGUAUGCAAAACUAACAGUAAUUUUGAUGUCGACUACUAAUUGGACUAUGUGAUAUUUUAUUUUAAUCUCAUUUUUCCAUUUCUUUGCAUAUUUAUUUUGAAUUGGAGAAGAUUAUAAAGAUUUCUGGUACACACGUUGUAAAAAAUAUCAAUUCUUUCGAUAAAGUACGAUUUUUAUGCCUUCAAAUACAACAAUCUUACAAAAAAACAUUUUUUUUUCGAUGGAAAUGAAAUAUUUUUGAAGGUUAUGUGGAUCAAUAUACAUAAAUAUAAUACUGGCCUAGCCAACUUAGCCGUUGUAUGAAACAAUGUAAAUAGACAUUAUGUCUACGAUAAUUUUGUAUUCUUUUUUGUUAUCUUAUUUAAAAUUGAUAUUUUAUUUGUUACAAGUUAUUAAUAUUGUCAGUGACAAUACUCUGAACGUUGCAAAAUAAUAUUUAUAUACAGGGUGCUUCGAAAAUAGGUAACAGCGUUUCUAAGAUAGGUAAAAAACUGAAAAAUAAUUGGGAUUUACUUAGUAGAAAAAUUUUGUAACGGCAUCCGUUUUCAAAAUACAGGGCGUUAAAAAAAAUUAACACAUUUUUUACGAUUUUGCUGAAACUACUGGCAACAUUGUACCUAAUUAAAUUUGGUGGGUUGUAAGAGAUAGUUAUUGUCCAUUUUUUUAUAUACAGUUAAGAAUGUUAUAUUCAUCAUUGACGCGCAUACGGGUAAUGUUCUGAAUUUUAUAAAGAAAAACAUAGUACGCCACUGAGAUAUGUCAAAUUAAAAAUCAUUUUUGAAUUCCUCGUUCAAUUUGUGUCAAAAAAUCUAGCUUCCCAUUUUUUCUUACGACGCGCCUAUUUUAUGCAAAAAAAUAAAACAUCUUAACACGUACAAAAUAUUCGAAGUUUCUAUACAUUCAUAUAGAAACUUAAUUAAUAAACAAGAAUUGAACGAAGAAUUCAAAAAUUAUUAUUUAAUUAGAAUAUCUCAGUGGCGUAUUAUUUUUUUUAUAAAAUUCAGAUCAUUACUCGUAUAUGCGACAAUGAUGAAUAUAAAAUUCUUAACUGUACGUCAGAAAAUGGACAAUAACUACCCCUUAAAACCCACCAAAUUGCAUUAGAAUGUUACCAGUAGUUUCGGCAAAAUCGUAAAAUAUAUGUAAAUUUUUUUUCUUCGACGCUCUGUAUCUUGAAAACAGAUAGCGUUAGAAAAAGUUUUUUUACUAAUCAAACCCCAAUUAUUUUUUAGUUGUUUUACUAUCCAAGAGAUGGUGUUAGCUUUUUUGAAACACCCUGUAGAAGAUACAAGUUGGUUCAUUAAUAUGUUUAGUAGUAAGUAAAUUUUUUAUGUGCCUUUUAGUGUCUCUUGAUGAAAUCAAGAUUUUAAGUAAAACUAAAAUAUAUUUACUAAUAUGAUAAUUUUAAUGUCGAUAUUUUUCAUUAAAUUUCUUGUCUUGGGUAGAGACCGAUGUUUAUUAUUAAGCAAUCAUUUCACUUCUUGGAACACUUUUGGAAAAUAGAUUUUAUUAGUUUUGAACAAUCAUAAAUUAGUUACAGGCGAAAAUAUGUGCUCAAAAAGCAAAAAUUUUCGAAUUGUUUUUUCAGAUUUUGUUAAAUAAAAAAUUUGUGACUGGACAAAACACUUAAAAACGAGACUUUCUUCUGCUUGCUUAUUAGUAGUCACUUCUCUCUACUCUUCUCUGUCAUGCAGUUUAACAGUGUUUGUAAGUCUUCUGGUGUGUUCGUUAGACAUAUAUUAUCAUCUAGGUAUCAGUUAACAGUCAUACCUUGUUAUCUUUCAUAUAUACUACCGUCCUCAAUUAAAACGCGGUAUCUGCAAAAAAAAUUGAAAAUCGAGUGUUUGCUAUAUGUGGUUUCCUUGUGACCUUAUUUAUGUUUCUGCAAUGUCUGAAAGCCGUAUCAUUUUAUUUACUACCAAAAUAAACAAAUUGGAAUAUGCCGUAUGUGCUAAAUUUCAAUAGUUGCUUAAUUAGAAUGCGUUAUCUACAGAGUACUCAACUAAAAGGCGGUAUGUGCUAGCGAGUAUCAUGUACUUGCCGCGUUUUAAUUGAGCACAGCGCAUAUACCGAGUUUUUAUCAAGACUCGUGUUGCGACCUCGUAUUUUGAACAUUUAUGACAUGUAGGUAUUUUGCGUAAAUAAUAAACAAUUAUAAGCUAUUUAUUUUUCUUUUUUGGUAACUACUCUUCCUGGUAAAAAGUGCUGUUUGUAAAUAAAAUGCAGAUACGGCACUAUGUCUAAUCCAGUAAUAUAUCCGCUACUCAAUUAAAACGCGGUAUAUGACUUUUUAUUUACAGCUGUGAUAAAAACAUGAUUUUUUUAAGAAUAUAUUUUUAAAUAAUGUUCAACUAUCAUUAGAACAUGUUUUGCGUUAAAAAGUUGUCAAAACAUAUAGAUUCCUGAGAAAAAACUUUGAGAGCCGAUUUCUCGGUUUUAAGUUGGUUGCACUUACCGCGUUUUAUUUGAGGACGGCAGUAUAAUAGUUGCUGGAAGAUAUUUAAUAUCUCAUCUGAUAUAUUUUUUCCUACUGUUCCUGAUGACUGCAUCGAAAGUCUACUUGUAAUCUAUAGACAACAGGUGAGACAAGAGUCUCAUUGUCUCACCUGUACCCAUUCCAUUUUUUUUUAAAUCAAACUAUAUUGUCCAUGUUCUCUUCAUAAUUUCUGUAAAUACGGUUGUGAAUGGUUUUCAAAAAUAUUUUUGACUUAUAAGACUGAUUGUCGCUACAAUAUUUUGCAUUUACCUCUUAAGUCGUGUCACAAAGGUAGAAACUGAUCAGUCUUUAUAAAUUUUGACCUUCGGUAGAUUAGUGUUUGUCCUUCUAGAAGUAGUUUUAACAGUUCGAAAUAUAUUUCGUCUGUUCCUUUGUAUUUAUUCAGGAUAAUUUUCCCUUAAUAAUGAUAGUUGAUCCAUUAAUAAUCCAGUAGGCUUUACUUUUAUAGAAUCUGGUAGCAUCUUUCACUUCUUUAUACAUGUUGAAUAGAUGAGGUCUUUCUUCUAGAUUCUAGAUGUCACUGUCUUGAGUUAAUUUUUAAAAUAGCCACAACGUAAAAUCCUUUGAAUGAUAUAUUAUGGCCCUUGCAGAGACAGCGUGACAAACGGAAGGAGGCGCAGAUACAAUAACGAGUUAGAGUCUCUAUUGGGAAAGAAAAAUCUAGUCAGAUGUAUAAAGGCCAAUAGACUCAGAUGGGCAGGGCAUGUGAUACGCAGUAACGAUAAUCGCCUUAUGAACAAUGUGUUCUGGAAAAGGCUAGAUGGAAGGUCUGUAUGACCGCCUAGAAAAAGGUGGAAAGGUGCAGUCAAAGAAGAUCUGGAGAAAAUGGGAGGGAGACAAUGGGAAUUAGUGGCACGGGACCGACAAACAUGGAAGGCAACAGUAAACGCGGCAAAAACUCACGAAGAGUUGUAACGCCAUUGAUGAUGACAAUCCGGUAAUGGCAUAAACAUGAGUUUGUAGUUUUUAUCAUUUUUUGGCCUCUCGAGUUUCCCCACGAAUAGUUUUAAGUCUAUACUCCAGCUCUAGAGAACUUCUAAACAACUAAUGAUUCGGCGAUGAUAUAGUCAUACUAGAAGUAUUUAAGAAUGGCUAGAGAGAUGGUACAGGAACUCGUUGUGGCUACAGAAAAUGUGGGUUUAAAUAUAAACAUCUCAGAAACAAAAAUAAUGACAAAGUUACCCACCCAGAACAUCAGUAUUGGUGUGCAAGAAAUAGAACUCAUAGAUAAAUAUAACUACCUAGGAUAUGAAAUUGUGAUUGGCAAGGAUAAUCAGACCCAUUAACUGAAUAGAAGAAUCUUGGGUGGGCAGUAUAUGGAAAAGUGAGCUGCCCACAGGCCUGAAGAGAAAAGUAUUUGAGCAAUGUACCCUCCCAGUUUUGACAUAUGGAGCAGAAACACUUACCUUAACAAAGACCUCGGCUACUAAACUGAGAGUCACCCAGAGAAGAAUGGAACUAUCCAUGUUAGGAAUAAUUCUGCGAGAUAAAAUAAAAAACAAAAAGAUUAGGAGAAGGAGCAAGGUGACUGACGUUAUCGAAAGGAUAGUCAGUAAAUGGAGUUGAACAGUAAACCUAGCUAGAAUGACAGAUGGGCGAUGGACAAAGAGGAUAUUGGAAUGAAGACCAACGAAAGAUUUUGUCAGUUUAAUAAUUAUUCUAUCAAUAUGUAUUCGCCGUGUGCAAGUUCUUGGAGGGGAUACGAGAAACUAUAGUGCGCGAAUUGCGGAGAAAUCUUGCAACUUUCUUAAAUAAUUCAUAGUGUCAAUUGAAAUUGUCAAAUUGACGUAUAUUUCAUAUCUACUGUCAAUGAAGAAGAAAAAUUAUGUUGCUCCACAAUAUUUAUAUGAUAUGCAAUUAUAUAAUGAAAGUAAAUUUAAUCAAUUGUAUCCCAGGCAACCAAACGACAUUUUUAUAACGUAGAUAACACGCCAUAAAAAUGACCAAUUGACGUGUUUUUAUGACGUAGUACUGACAUUGAAAAUCACGUGUAUUUGUCUCAUUGAUUUGACGUCAUAAUUGUGACGAUUUUAAAACGUAAUCGUAUCUACGUUAUUUUCACGUCGAGAUUGUGACGAUUUUCAAACGUCAAAAAGAUGACGACCUUUAUACGUCGGUAAAAUCACGUCUUUAUUACUUUCAAAAAGUGACCUCUUUCAGAUGUUUCAAAAUAGUAUAAAAAAUAGGUAACAUGAAACCUAUAGGCCUAAGUCCCAUAUGUGUCGAAGAUAUACUACCACUUGUUUAAGAUCGCUUGUGCGCUAGAAGCAACAUUGAUUCUGCAUGAUUGUACCAGCCCUCACAUAGAAUUUUCACUAGUUAUAUAUACCUACUUACUGUGUUAAAACUAAAACAACAUAUACCUAUAUGAAACAUGAAACUAAUAAAUAAUUUAUUAACAAAUUAUCCAGCGUACUCAAUAUCUUAAUUUAACGCUGUCUUAAUAUCUUCAUUUAACGCUUAAUUAAAAACAAAUAAACAUAACCUCAAAUAGUUCUCAAGAAGAAUUACUGCAUUAAACUAACUCACUGAGCAAAAACACAUAAAAAUCUCUUAAUUAAUACGUUUAUUCAACUAAAUAUCUAAAUGAAAAGUCUUAUUUUAUCACACAAAACACAAACCGCGUAAACACUAAAUGAGAAAUUUCUUAUGAACAUUUAGCGUUAUACCUAAACGAAAUUGUAUUGAGUCAAUACAAACAAGCAAGCUCCUCCCAAUUUUGUGACGUCACACUUAGGCUAUCUGAAAUUAAAACGUUUUUUAAACGUAAUUUUAACGUCAUUAAUCUUACUUAUUUAAAAUCACCUACAAAAGACGUCUAUAUGACGUAAUGUUCAAACACGUGUUAUAUUCAACCAAAAACUGACGUUUCCUCAACGUUAUAUGACGUCACUUGGUUGCCUGGGAUUUGGCUUGUAGUACUGCAUUUUAAUAAUUAAUUUUAUUUACUACAUACAAUUACCUUUUAAUAACAUAACCUUAAUAUUACUUUUUCUUUUUAUAAUUUUUUUUGGGCUAUGGCAUUGACAAUAAUUGUCCAGUAACCAGGACCAAUAUAAUUAAAAGUGCGAAAAAUGUUGCCGUGCUAUGAAACCAGGUGCCGCUUUUCCGAACUUGCACGGUCCCAAUAGCCUUAUGGCAUCCAAACCAGGACUUUUAUUUAUAAUAUUUAUAUUACAUAAACGAACUGACGAAGAAACUGUAGUAUAUGAAAAUAAAGAGCUACAUCGCCGCUGAUAGAAAAGAGCGUCUCCCUAUCCUGGUCCGUCAAAAACGAUUGCGCAUCACUAGCUCAGAGAUAAAGUGGAUUGGAGCGGGUCGAUCCCAAUUCCUCAACUGUCAUCAACACGCCUAACUUCACGCGCAACUUUGAUACGAGAAUUAUAAAAAAAUAUGCAUUGAAAUCCACAUCCCGUAAUUUUUUGAGCAUUAUAAAGUGAGUACAAAGACAUACAUAAUUUUUUUUUAAUUUUAUCUCCAAUUUACCUUGUACUUCUCGUUGAUUCUUACCGAUAAGGUAGAGUGGUAACACUGGAACAGGGGAAGUUUUAAUUGUGGAACAGGUUAACAAUUUUGAACGGUCAGACCACGAAAACGGCACAUGUAUUUUGUCCGACAGAACAGACUUAAACUCUCAUGCAAAAAUCAGACUGCUAUUUAUCACCAAAUGGGCGUUUUAAUGAGUGGAACAUAUAGAAUAUGUCAAAUGACAGGUGAUAAAUAGCAGUCUGAUUUUUGCACGAGAGUUUAAUCUCUGUCCGGAGAGUUUAAGUCUGUUCUGUCGGACAAAAUAAAUGUGCCAUUUUCGUGGUCUGACCGUUCCAAAUUUUUAACCUGUUCCACAAUUAAAACUGCCCUUGUUACAGUAUUCCAUUUAUCAAAGUUUAUCCGACUAGACACCCUUAAGCUAUUAACAAAUUUUCAGCUUGCUAUUAAUCAACUUUUUUUUCAUAUGUGCGAUCCAGACCUAUAUUAUGUGUUUCCAAGACUUGGAUUGACUUUUUCAAUUUUAAUAAUUAUUUUAAUUUAGUGAUAAUACGGUUAUACUAAAGACAUAUAGCAUUUGUUUUAAAAUAAAUUUUAUAUGAUGAACCAACCUGUAUUCUAUAUUGUCUAAUAUUUUGUUCAGUUUUGGAUGUUAACAUGUGUGAUAUGAUGUUGCACUUUUUUGUAAAUGUUUUGCAGUUUUCUUUUAAGUGCAUUUUUUGUAUUGUAAGCUUACGAGUUUAUUAAUCAGUUCCACGUUGAACUCUUCUUUGUACUAUAUUAAAAUUAGUUUUAAUUAUUAUUAUUAUUGUAUAGAUAUAGUUUUUAUUGAGGCAACUACCAAAUUGAAUGUAUUUCACUUUCCAAAAAUAUAUAGCCGUUAAUUUA